AUUUUUGACAGCACAAAGAAGGCGGCCAUUUUAUAGCUUCUUGAAGAAUAGAAACGGGCUGUAGUUUUCGUAUAGCAAUAACUUGUUUGUUCUAGUUUUAUAAAUUAUUUUACAAAAGCAUUUCUACUUACGUACAAAACUGUAUACGUAUUUAGUGUAAGUUUAGUUAUAUUUAUGUAUUGAGCAAGGAGAGAUGGACGACCCAAACAGGAUGAUGGCGCAUAGCGGUGGGCUGAUGGGACCUCAGGGUUAUGGCCUGGCCGGGGAAGGCGCCCCUACGGCUGGAGAUGGCGAGGCUCGCAAACAGGACAUUGGAGAAAUUCUACAACAGAUCAUGAAUAUUACCGACCAGAGUCUUGACGAAGCCCAAGCAAGAAAACACACACUAAAUUGUCAUAGAAUGAAACCUGCCUUGUUUUCUGUGCUAUGUGAAAUUAAGGAGAAAACGGUGCUGUCACUUCGUAAUACUCAAGAGGAGGAGCCUCCGGAUCCCCAGCUGAUGCGACUGGACAAUAUGCUGAUAGCUGAGGGAGUGGCGGGUCCAGAGAAGGGUGGGGGUGCGGGUGCCGCAGCUUCUGCGUCUGCUGCGGCUGGCGAAUGGGAUAACGCGAUCGAGCACUCGGACUAUCGCGCGAAGCUCGCCCAGAUCCGCCAGAUAUACCACCAGGAGCUGGACAAGUAUGAGAAUGCCUGCAACGAGUUCACCACGCACGUCAUGAACCUGCUGCGCGAACAAAGCCGCACCAGACCCAUCACACCCAAGGAAAUUGAACGAAUGGUUCAAAUAAUUCACAAGAAGUUCAGCUCAAUCCAGAUGCAGCUAAAGCAGUCUACUUGCGAGGCCGUCAUGAUACUGCGCUCGCGGUUCCUAGACGCCCGUCGCAAGCGACGCAACUUCAGCAAGCAGGCCUCUGAGAUCCUCAAUGAGUAUUUCUACUCGCACCUCUCUAAUCCAUAUCCUAGUGAGGAGGCCAAAGAAGAACUGGCUCGCAAGUGUGGCAUCACUGUCUCACAGGUGUCCAAUUGGUUCGGCAACAAACGCAUUCGCUACAAGAAGAACAUCGGCAAGGCUCAAGAGGAGGCGAAUCUGUAUGCCGCUAAGAAAGCAGCGGACCUGCCUUGGAUUGGCGCGUGCAGGCGCGAUGCUAGCUCCCCUCCGGCCCGACCCACCUCGUAUUACACAGCGGGUGCGUCGCCGUACUCUAUGGGCGCGGCGUCGGGCACGGCCACGCCCAUGAUGUCGCCGGCGCCCACGCAGGACAGCAUGGGCUACUCGCUGCCCGCGCCCGGAUACGACGCGCCGCAGCCCGGAUACGACGCCGCUAUGGGCUACGACCCUAUGCAUCAGGACCUCUCGCCCUAACUGUACUUAAGGGCGCGCGGGUGCGAAUAUCGUACAGCUUCCACAGAAUUGCCAUUUACUACAUAACUUACUUAUCUAGUGAGCCUUAGCGGUUAGGACAUUAUGUAUACUAUGAAAUUUACGAUACAUUUUAGCUAUAAUAUUUUUGGACGGAACUUAAAUUUGCCCUGUAUUAUCUAUUCGACUGGUGCACAGUAUUUUUUUAUUUUUAUAAUGUAAUUUUUUUUUUAUUAUAACCUUAAAGGCUGUUUUAAGAUUUAAAGAAGAAUAAAAUUGAUUGUAUGGAAUCCAUCAAAUGCUUCAACUUUUGAAGUAAUUUUUUUUAAUCUAAAAAAAUUAGUAUUAUUGGGUACUUUUCCAGUGUAUACGCAGUUUUAAGUAUUAUUUCUGAACCGAUCAGUGAUUUCUUGAAAUUUAUGCUUCGCUGAAUGGCAGUAUUAGUACGCCAAUGGCGAGAUCUCUUGUUUCUACGUUCACUAACUUUUACUAUACGGUGGAAUAAAUAUACGAUAGAUUUAAGCAUAUUGUAGUUGAUUAUCUAUAAGUAAAGUUGUGUCCUGUCUUCGCGUGAUUGCAGCUGUUUGAUCCUCGAAUGCCUUCCGUAUGAAGAAAUAUUGAUACCGCUUUAUAGAUGUUUGGAACAAUUUCUUUUGUUUUUGUAUGUUUAAAUAUUCUUGCUUUGAGUCCUACUAUUGUACAAUCGGGGAAUCUGGCGGUAAAACCUUAAGCUGUCACUAACAUUUUGUACGCAUUAAUACGACGCGAAACAAACACCAAUGCAGCUUUUAAAUGCGUCUGUACGAAAAAGGCGUAUUUGUGUUACGAGGCCAUUUUUUUUUAUUUUCUCGUUGUUUGCGCAACUCACUACUACUAAGGUAGUACGCAUCGCAAUAAGUUGCAUAUUUGUAAGAGACGCAGUUUGUUUCGUUGCGAGGAACAAAGGAAUUAUUCUUGAAAGUGAAACGCCUCGGAUUUCCACGAUUGUACACCUUAAUUAGUAUUGGUUUGAGAGUAACAUUUUUGUCUUGUGUUUAAAUAUCAUAACUAGUUAUUUGUGAUUUACGCAAAAAUACUAGAAAUUGUUUAAAAUUACUCUAAAGUGUUGGAACAUUGAAUUGUAAAGUCUAGUAAGGCUUGCGGCGCUUGGGGAGGGUCGUUUUGUGUGCAAUUUAAUAUUUUAUUAGAAACGGUUGUGUUUACGCACACGAAGUAUUUUCGUCUUAUCAUGGAGUCCUAUUAACAAUAGCUAUUUUUUAUCAAUCUUUUACUAACCACUUAUUAGUUGUCAGCGAACGGACUCUCACGUGCGUAGCGCUGUGAGCGUCAGAACAAAAUGUUAUAUUUUUAUGAGGUACCUUAGUGCCUCUUCAAUAUAUUAUUUUUCAUGUAUUUAGUAAAUAAGUUGAUUUUUUUUACAAUUGUCAUCGUUCAUAUUGAAUAUACGAAUAAUGUAAUACGAAAUGCAAAUGAAAUACGAAUAACACUUAGUGAAUAGUUUGAUUACGAGAAAAAAAAUAUUAUUAUAUUAUAUAGAAUUAAGUUGAUGUGUUCUAAAAUCAAGAUAUCUGAAACAGUAUACGAUGAAAUUUGAAAAUUUUAAAUAAUUAAAUUUGCUACCGAUUACCGAGAGUGCACCGCCGUUAUGUCGACAAUACGAGCACUUUACUUUAGUGUACUUUUAUAACUUAGUUGUGCGGCGAGGCCGCUAGGGGCGGGGUGGAGCUGCGCACGCGGCGGUGUACGCGACAUGUAUACGACGACUUCAUUGUUAUUGCGACCAUCAGAUUGACUUAAAUACAUUUUUGUGUAGUUAAA